AUGCUCGAAUCUUCUAAAAACAGAUAUGGUCCUGUUGACGUGUGCCCGAAAAGGAGACAUCAUUUCGCUCAGCAGGCGGCGCCGAAUCUCUCACCGGAUCUCAAGGUGCUCUUCACGAGGCCUGGCCUCUUUAACAACUUUGGCAACGACAUCGUCUUCAAAUUAAUGUUGUUGAGGCCCAUUUAUUUAGCUAUCAAGCUUACUUUAUCUGAAAUGGUCCUACAGUCAACAAACACGAAGGACACCUGGCUUGGCUUUCAUGUGGUGGAUUUUUGUGCUCAAUUCGAGGACCUGGAAAUGUUAAGCGAUUUUGUCGUCAGACUGAAAACGGUUGCCAAUUAUGAGCAGUUGAAAGUCCCCACCUGCAAGAAGGCCACCGACUCUGAAGAUGAUUCGUUCUAUGACGAUGACGAAAAUGAUCACGGUACAAACAUGAUUGACAUGGUGCCACCACCAGCAAAUACUCCACGUCUUUGGAAACAUCUCCUGGUGAAGGGUGUGACGCUUCAGGAAUUGAAUCCCCUUACCACACGAUACAUCGACGGACCAGUAAUGGAUUUUUACAUGGCUUCUGAAAGAAUGGGAACUUUGAACAGGUGCUCAUCACCAGAACUGGCCUCUCUAACAACUCUGGCAACGACAUCGCCUUCAAAUCAAUGUUGU